GGUGAAGGGAAUUAAAGCAGGAAUCUUCCCAUAAAUCCUUUUCUUUUUCAUCACCCACUGCCUCCAUUAAAGCUCUAAAGUUGAAGCUUUUUCAAGAACACGUAACUCUGUGUGUGUGGGAAUCUUGAAAUUGCCUCCUUUUCAAGAUAAUGAUUGUUCAAGAAGACAAGUAUACUUAACUAUGUGUGUGUAUAACUGUGUGUAAGAGAGAAAGGGAGAGAAGCCAUUGAUGCUACUUCUUGAAUUUAGGAAAACCCAAUUUGGAGGUUGUCGUUUUAGAUUGAAAUUGAAGUCAAACGUAUGAUCAUUUGACUUCGUUUCAAAGACAUUAUGUUUUCUGAGUGUUUAAUGAUGUUUGCUAACCUGUUCUUCUCUUUGUCUCUAUCUGCACAUGAAAUCAUGUGGGUUUGAUUUGGAUUCCAUCUUGCAAAAGAAAGAAUUCGUAUUCGAUUGGACCCACUCAGUUUCAUCUUCAUCGUUCGUACCUCCAAUUGGGAAGAGGAUCUUGAACAAAGCAGCCAAGAAUCUGUAUCUAUCUAUCUGCAAUGGCCAAGAUUUCUUGUUCGUGGCAAUCAGUGGUUGUACUCCUUGCAGUUUUGUUUGUACCCAAUCUGGGCUCCGACUCAUACAAUGCCUCUCAAGAACAAACCCUUUUGAGAAUCCAACACCUUCUGUAUUACCCCCUUGUUCUUAGUAGCUGGAAUAAUGCCACUGACUUCUGCAACACCAGCCAAAGCUCAUCGGUUACCGUCGUUUGCUACGAAAAUGUCGUAACCCAACUUCACAUAAUCGAUAGCGAUGAAUCGCCUCGACUGCCUGAUGACUUCUCGAUAGAUUCGUUUUUCACGACACUCGUUAGGCUUUCGGGUUUGAAAGUGCUCACAUUGGUCUCGUUGGGUUUGUGGGGACGUUUACCCGCGAAAAUUUCCUAUUUAUCGUCGCUAGAAAUACUCAACGUUACUUCGAAUCACUUCGAGGGGGAAAUCCCGCCAGAAAUUGCGACUUUAACCGAUCUACAAUCGCUGGUGCUCGACGACAACAAGUUCACCGGCUGGAUCCCGAACCCUGUUGGGUUCUUAUCGCGUUUGUCGGUUUUGAGUAUGAAGAACAAUUCGCUAAACGGGUUGUUGCCGGAUUCGUUAGGGAGUUUGGUUGAUCUUCGAGUUCUUGUGCUUUCUCACAAUAAUUUAUCCGGCCAAGUGCCGGAUCUUCGCAGUUUGACGAACCUUCAGGUUCUUGAACUCGAAGAUAAUUCUCUCGGACCCCAGUUUCCUCGGGUCACCGAUAGAAUCAUCUCCAUUGUUGUACGGAAGAACAGGUUCGCCUCUGGUUUACCUGAAGAAGUGCGUUCAUUUUAUCAGCUUAGAAGGCUAGAUAUAGCUUUAAACCGAUUAGUCGGACCAUUUCCGACUUCUAUACUAUCUUUACCAUCGAUGACUCAUUUAGACAUCGAAGGGAACAAGUUUACGGGAAUGCUUUUCGAGGAUCUCGCUUGUAAUCCUGAACUUGAAUUUGUCGACUUGUCUGCUAAUCUUCUAACCGGGAGGCUGCCGAGUUGUCUUGUGUCUUCCAAGGCCCGGAAUGUGGUCUAUGACCAGAAUUGUUUGACUACAAACAAUGGCGAUGACGUCAAAAGUCAAAAGCCGAUAUCGUUUUGUAGUAACGAAGCUUUGGCUGUCGGAGUCAUACCACGAAACCACAAGACUGGUAAGGGCUCGAAAACAGCUCUUGCGGUCGGGAUCACCGGGGGAAUCAUCGGAGGGAUCGUAUUAGUUGGCAUAGCAUUCUUGGUUUUCCGGCGAGUUCAUGGGAAGGAGACGGGCAAAACGCCUGCGCCUAGAAUAAUAGCGGAAAACGCGUCCGGUUCUUACACUUCGAAGUUGCUUUCGGAUGCAAGAUAUGUUACUCGAGUAAUGAAGCUUGGAACGCUUGGUGUUCCGGCUUAUCGCGCCUUCUCGCUCGAGGAACUCGAGGAAGCUACGAAUAGCUUCGAUACAUCUGCGUUCAUGGGCAAAGGGUCUUACGGUCAGAUGUACAGAGGUCGGCUUAAGGAUGGAUCGUACGUAGCUAUUCAAUGCCUGAAAAUGAAACGAAAUCACAGCACGCAAACAUUUACGCAUCACAUAGAAUUAAUCUCGAAACUCAGACACCAGCAUUUGGUUAGCGCUCUCGGCCACUGCUUCGAGUUUUACCUCGAUGACUCGAGUGUCAGCAGGCUAUUCCUCGUGUUCGAAUACAUACCGAAUGGAACGCUUCGAGACUGGAUUUCGGGGCAGAACAGCGGAAAAACGUUGUCGUGGAGCCAGAGAAUAGCAGCUGCUAUUGGUAUAGUGAAGGGCAUUCAGUUCCUUCAUACGAGUGUCGUGCCCUGGUUCUUUUCGAGCAACUUGAAGAUAACAGAUGUUUUGUUGGAUCAGAAUUUCAUUGCUAAGAUUAGCAGCUACAACCUGCCAUUGUUAGUCGGGAAUAUCGAGAAGGAUGGCGAUCGAGGUUAUUUCAGCAGAUUCAAAGAGCCUAACCGUACAAGCGUUGGCCAUCCGGAGAAAAUUAAUGUGUACGACUUUGGUGUUAUACUGCUCGAAAUCAUCUUCGGGAAACCACUAUGCACGCAAAAGGAAGUCGAGUCUGUAAAAGAACAGUUUCAGGCCAGAAUGACAGCCGAUGAUGCAUCUAUCAGGGACAUGGUUGAUCCCAGGGUCCAGAACGCGUGUUCCGAUCAAUCUUUAAAGACAACGACAGAAAUCUGCAGCAGGUGUUUGCUGGACGAUCCAGCAGAGAGACCAUCGGUGGAGGACAUGCUUUGGAAUUUACAAUUUGCCGCACAGGUUCAGGAGUCCUGGCACAGUAGCGAAGGAUCUCCGGUCUCAUCUGCACAACUUGCAAUCACACAGCAGUAGCGUUACGAUCCAACCAUCUGCAAGAGGUACAUAUCAAAUCAUCCAAGGGACUUUCGAUUGUAAAGAGUAUUAGGAUCAUUCUAGCUCGCUGAUUUCUAUCAAGCGUAGAUAGUUUUAUCAGUUUAUGUUAAGUUUCAUAACGUUUAGAUGCAAGAAGAAGGUGUAAUAACAAAGUCUGAUAUUUUAUCAUAAGCAAGUAAUCCCACUCCGGUUUUUCAGUAAUCGAAGGAUGCAUCCUGCUAUUUUUUACCC